GGGCACGCAUAAAUUCACCAAAUAAACGGAUAUGCAGAGAAGUAUGAAACUUCAUGGAUACACCAUAGAAGGAGCUGGCAAGAUGCCUCCUCCGAUGGGUAAAGACUAAAGAGCAUAAAAAACAAGGGAACCUUCCUUUCAUCUUCUUCUUCCCUGAAGCCCCAGAAUAGUAUUCCCUUUUCCCACUCAAAAAACAAUCACUUUCCUCUCCACCUUCGUCUUUAUUCUCCAAUCACAAGACCCAAUUUCUCUAUAUAAUGAAAUCCUCUCCUUUUCUCUGAUACCCAAUUCAACAACACAUCUAAUUCAUUGGUAUAUCAUUCAUAUCUGUUUCUCCGCCCGGUAAACCUACAACUUAAAGAACCAUCAGAGAUGGAUUCGGGCUAUCUGAAUCGGGCGAUUUCAAUCAAGAAGACAAAGUUACCUUUUGCCUCUGCUCCGCUUCUCAUGCCCAUCAAUGGCUUCAUAGGUCCGGUCAUCGUUCUGUACAUAAUAAUCUUUGAAUGGGUCAGAAAUACUAUCAGCAGCCUACUAUUAACUUCAUCUCCGCCGCAAGACUCAAAGCCGGCGGAGUCACCGGCGUAUUCGAAGGUCCCGUGCAGCAUCAAUUCCAUGGCCAGAGAAGAAAUGGAGACGGUACUGGAAAGACUUGGGCUUUUCGGCCUCCCUGGUGAAAGAGAGAAACUUCAGGAGAGGUUUUGCUCAAAAGAAUUUUCUGAGAUUCUUGGUGAGGAGGCGGCGGAGGAGGAGGAAGGAGAUGGGUUUUAUGUGGAUGAUGAUGAGGUGCAGGCUGCAUUUGAUGUUUUUGACGAAAACAGAGAUGGGUUUAUCGACGAAAAGGAGUUGCAGAGAGUUCUGUGUGCGCUGGGCAUGGAUGCGAUCAAAGAAAUGUAUGAUCAAGAAGGAGAAGGUUUGGAGUUGGAGAAUUGCAGGAGUAUGAUCAAGAAAUUCGAUGAAAAUGGAGAUGGGAGGAUCGAUCUAAACGAAUUCUCUAAGCUCAUUUUUAAUUAAUUAGAUCGUGAGACAGACUAGUUUCUCAUAUCAUUAGGAAGUAUUCUUGAUUUCUUUAAUUUCUCAGUUUCUAAUUUAUAUAACAAAUUUUUAGCACUUGUUGAUUUUUUUUAACCUUUCAACAACUUUUUAUAUCAUUUAUAGAUAUGUGCCUUUUUUUAUCAUCUAGAUAUGUGCCUUUGUAAUUAUAUGUAAUAAUUAUAAUAUGACUAAAAUAAAAAAAAUGAAUAAAAAUGUGACCAAUACAAAGUGACUAUAUUAACAACCUGAUCAUAA